AUGUCCGAGAGUAGUUCCGUGACAUUGCGCUCAUCGAAUCUGCUAUCGACAUCACAAACAGAAUCGUUCUACGUACAUGGACCCGACCAAUACGAUCAGAAUUUUCAGACGACAAUAUUUACUCCUACAGUUAGUAGAAAGAAAGCGUUCAGAUAUUCGUUAAGUUCGAAGUUUGAUUACGAAAAAUUACAAAAAGAAAUAAAUAAAUUGAUUAAAUACUGUGGAAUUGAAGAAAAGCCUUUCAUAAGUGAAGGAGGCUCCAGGCUGGUUCUCACAGAGGUCAAGUUUUUACCGGCGAUUAGAAUUUUGGAGAGAAUUGUGUAUCGUACAGAGAAUUCGGUGCUCCAACGGUGUCCAGUGGACAAAUUGAUAAUGUGUUGCCUGGCACUAUCGAAAGAGGCCUACGAAUCCGUCAAGGUCUUCUCGAAUGUGACACCUGUGCAUCUCAGGAGAGUACGAAUAGCCGAGAUGAAUUAUUUUAGGGUAGUGUGGCUUCUGACCCCCGAAAAAACUGAUGUGAUAACAUCAACUCUCAUCUGCUACUUGACGGAUUGGCAUCUCUGGGACGCCAGCAUGCUCUGCAUGGGAGUUAUGCGACGUCUGAUACUAUGCCACGUGGCACUGGACACUGUGCUGUCGUCGCUUUUGUCACUGGUGAAGAAUUUUAUUAGGAAUUCAACGGAACCAGAAGCUGAAGUACAAGGCAGGUGCGUUCUGAGGGUGCUGCACGAAAUGCUCAAGCACGGAGCGCCGAGGUGCUCCAUGUCGGGUAUGGUUAACCUAACCGAGAACAUCCUGGAGUUGUUGUACGAAUCAGUUUGCGCAGAUUCUACCAACGCUGCUACAAAAAACUUAAAAAUGCUUCAAAGAGGAUUAGAGGUCUGUGCGAGGAGAGCAAUGGAACGGUUCGAUGAUGACACACUUCUGGAUAUAAUUAGAUUAAUGUUGGACAGAUUAGACACAGGUUUAAACGACAUGCAAAUCAUGGACUAUGGUGGUGUUUUGGAAUACGCUGUUUUGUUAUACAGGAUAUUGCAACGAUUCCUGGACAGGCACAAUAAUCUUUUGUCAUUCAUUUCACCUGAGUUAUAUUUGGAAAAUCUCACAUUCAACAUAGUCGUGGGAUCGUUCCGAUCGGCCGAUAAAGUUUUUCUACUGGAAUACAGGGAGCAACUUCAUGAAACGCUAUUGAAAAUUGUUAGACAUCACGGGCAGUAUCAGGUCAAUCUGGAAAGUGUUAACACAAUUCUAUCCCUCCUUGUGGUUGAAAUUCCAUGCGGUUUUACAGCCGCAUUUGUGGUCUGUUUGGCUAUGGAUAUACAGGCUGAAGCAAAUCUUCUGCCCGAAAGCAAACUCGUUGAGAUGUCCUGGCGGCACGCGACCGUGGUAGGCGUCAUAUCCUUGGUAUGCUGGACGCACCACGCCGUAACAUUGUACAAAUAUGUCGAAUCUAUAAUAUCAAGAAGAGGCAGACAGGCCCCUCAUCUAAAUCCGCCUCUGAAAUUAAAAUAUGCGGUCGCUUCCCAUCAUGUUUUAUGGCAGAAACCAGAUCUGUAUUUUGAAGCAUGGGAGCUCAGGUACGCGCUCUGGAAACAUUUCCGUUGCAAAAGUAUGGUUGGACACGACAGCGAUGAAGAAUGA